UGCAGGGGAAUAAUCGCCGAGAGGAUUGGAAUGAUUGCACAUAAUCAUAUCGAUUCUGUGCUACUCAUGAUGCAAUCUGCUGAUGAGGAGGACUCCGGAGCAAGUGCAGGUCCGCGAGUCGCACGCUUCCUUGUCCCACACUACCCUACGAAGCAGGUUUAUUAAUGAGUGAAUAAGAAAGAAAUCCCUAGACCCCAUCAAGCAUCACACGGAUGAAACCUAAGGAGUAACAUGGGGCUAGUUCCCGUAGCAUCAGUCAUGAUUAAGAAUUAUGACAUUAAUGAUUUAUCUUAUAUUCAGCCAAAUCUUGCACUUCCUAUGGCUCUGAUCAUGCAGUUUGGACCUUAUCGUCUUACGAUGACCAUUCUUCCCUGUCUAGAAUUACAACCACAAGUCCGACAAUAUCAACAAAUUUUACAUUCGGUCCAAACCCACUCAUAGAUGAUCUGUGUACACCAUCCUAACUAAAUGGAAAAAGUGACUGAUCUGG